GCCCGAAAACCCGCGAAGCAAAGUAGAAUCGGAGAGAGAGAGAGGGGGAGAGAGAGAGAGAGCUGCUGCAGCGAAGAAACGAAUUCUAGGGUUCGGAAAACAUCUCCUCCUUUUCUUCGUCGAUUCUCAUAAAUCAAGUAAGUUUCUGGACAGAUAUCCUCUCAAAUCUCUCAAAAGUUUGUGGACAGAUUUCCUCUCAAAUCUCUCAAAAUAGCUUCCGUUUUUUCAGAAAAUCCUGUAAAUCUUCGAUCUAACCCAAUCGAGAUAUCACAUCGCAAUCGAAAUAGUCCUCUUUUUUUCUUUCUGUAAAUAGAUUGACCGUCAAUCUAGGGUUUAUUUGCUGAGGUUCUGUUCCAAAUCUCAAAAAUCCGAUUUCUAGGGUUUUCUUCGCGUGGAUUAUAGGCAUGGAAGACGGCAAGCACAAAUCUAGGAGAGAUGAUGGUGAGAGGAAGGAGGAUUCUAAGAGAAGCGACCGUGACCGCGAUCGAGAUCGAGAGAGGGACAAGGAGAGGAAUGGAGAGAGAUACAAGGAUCGGGAGAAGGUUCGGGAUCGGGAUACAGAGAAGAAGGAUCGUGAAAGUCGACGGUCAGACAGAGAAAGGAGCGUGGAUGAGAAGUAUCAGGAUAAGCAUCGGGAGUCUCGGCAUAAGGAAAGGGAGAAGGAGAGGGAGAGGACGAAAGAGAAGGCAAAAGAUAGAGAGAGGGAGAGGGAGAGGGAGAGGGAGAGGGAGAGAGAAGAUCGAGAAAGGGAUAAGGAAAAAGAGAGGGAGGAGAGGGAGAGGGAGCGAGAAAGGGAGAGGGAGGAGAAGGAGAGGGAUAGGGAGAGAGAAAGGGAGGAGAGGGAGAGGGAGAGGGAGAGGGAGAGGGAGAAAGAAAGAGAGAGGGAGAGGGCCAGGGAGAGGGAGAGAGAAAGGGUGAGGGAGAGGGAAAGGGAGAGGGAGGAGAGAGAGCGAGAGAGGGAUGAUAGGGAGAGGGAAAGGGAGAGGGUUAGGGAGAGGGAGAAGCGCCGGGAAUUGGAUAGAGAUGAGGACAGAGAUUAUGAAGAUGGUAGGGAACAUGACAGGAAGCGGCGCAGGAGAGAUGAUGAUUCUAGAGAGAGGGAACGGGAGCGGAGCAGGUCGGAUAGGCACAAGGAAGAGAAUGAUGACAGUAGAAGGAAGAAGAGCGAGGACGAAUCUGAUGGUAAAGAGAAAAAGAGCCGAGAAGAGGAUCUAGAGGAAGAGCAGCGGAAGCUGGAUGAGGAGAUGGAUAAGAGGAGGCGGAGAGUUCAGGAGUGGCAGGAGUUGAAAAGGAAGAAGGAGGAACACGAGAGGGAAAACAUGGGUGAUGCAAAUGCUGAUGAACCUAAGUCUGGUAAGAAUUGGACCUUAGAAGGAGAGUCCGAUGAUGAAGAAGCUGUUCCAGCAGCAAAGUUGGACAAGGAUCCAGACUCGAAUGGAGAUGCUAAGCCUGCAGAUCAAGAUGGGGAUGCCAUGGCAGUAGAUUCUGAGAAUGGGACUGCUGUACCUGAUGGAGGUGAAGCUGCUAAUUAUGAGGAGGAAAUUGAUCCCUUAGAUGCUUUCAUGAACUCUAUGGUAUUGCCUGAAGUUGAAAAGCUGAACACUGCAGAUGGUCCAGCCACCACAUCUGACAAUAAAAAAUCAGAUCCUGGGAAGAAGGAUCUGAAGGACAGUCGUAGUAAUGGUGAUCAAGUGAGAAAAGGUACGAAGAAAACAAUGGGAAGAAUAAUCCCAGGUGAGGAUUCUGAUUCAGAUUAUGGGGAUCCUGAGAAUGAUGAAGUUCCGCUUGAAGAAGAAGAUGACGACGAAUUCAUGAAAAGGGUGAAGAAGACAAAAGCUGAGAAACUAUCAAUUGUCGACCACUCGAAGAUCCAGUAUCCCCCGUUCCGGAAAAAUUUCUACAUCGAAGUGAAGGAAACUUCAAGGAUGACAUCUGAGGAAGUUGCUGCUUACCGGAAACAACUCGAAUUGAAAAUACAUGGGAAAGAUGUGCCCAAGCCUGUGAGAACAUGGAUCCAGACUGGAUUGACAAGUAAAAUUCUAGAUACAAUAAAAAAGCUUAAUUAUGAAAAGCCGAUGCCAAUUCAAGCUCAGGCGCUGCCAAUCAUUAUGAAUGGUCGAGACUGCAUUGGUAUUGCAAAAACAGGAUCAGGUAAAACUCUAGCUUUUGUGUUGCCAAUGUUGAGGCAUAUCAAGGACCAGCCGCCAGUGGUCCCUGGUGAUGGGCCUAUUGGGCUGAUAAUGGCACCUACAAGAGAGCUUGUACAACAGAUUCACAGUGAUAUCAGGAAAUUUACCAAGGGUCUGGGUAUUAACUGUGUGCCUGUAUAUGGAGGCUCUGGUGUUGCUCAACAAAUCAGUGAUCUAAAGAGAGGCACGGAGAUUGUCGUCUGUACUCCUGGUAGAAUGAUAGACAUAUUAUGUACGAGUAGUGGCAAGAUCACAAAUCUGCGUAGAGUUACUUAUUUGGUUAUGGAUGAAGCUGACCGGAUGUUUGACAUGGGUUUUGAACCUCAGAUCACUCGUAUUGUUCAAAAUACCCGACCAGACCGACAGACUGUACUUUUCUCUGCCACUUUUCCUCGUCAAGUUGAGAUACUGGCCCGCAAGGUGUUGAACAAGCCUGUCGAAAUCCAGGUUGGUGGAAGGAGUGUUGUUAACAAGGAUAUAACUCAGUUAGUUGAGGUGAGACAAGAAAGCGAGAGGUUUUUAAGGCUGUUAGAACUCCUUGGAGAGUGGUAUGAGAAGGGGAAGAUCCUGGUUUUCGUCCACUCGCAGGAGAAAUGUGAUUCUUUAUUCAAGGACUUGCUCAGGCAUGGUUACCCUUGCCUUUCGCUUCAUGGGGCUAAGGAUCAGACAGACCGUGAAUCCACCAUCUCUGAUUUCAAGAGCAAUGUCUGCAAUCUGAUGAUUGCGACAAGUAUAGCCGCUAGGGGUUUAGAUGUGAAGGAGCUUGAACUGGUGGUGAACUUUGAUGUUCCAAACCAUUAUGAAGACUAUGUUCACCGUGUUGGUCGGACCGGUCGAGCUGGUAGAAAAGGCUGUGCGAUCACCUUCAUCUCAGAGGAAGAUGCAAGAUAUGCACCAGAUCUUGUAAAAGCCUUAGAACUUUCUGAACAAGCUGUUCCUGCAGAUCUAAAGGCACUCGCCGAUGGCUUCAUGGCGAAAGUCAAUCAGGGAACGGAACACGCCCAUGGGACUGGUUAUGGGGGCAGUGGUUUCAAAUUCAACGAAGAGGAGGAUGAAGCCAGGAAAGCUGCAAAGAAGGCCCAGGCAAGAGAAUAUGGUUUCGAGGAAGACAAGUCGGAUUCAGACUCAGAAGAUGAAGGGGUUCGGAAGGCAGGGGGUGAUCUUUCACAGGCAGCUGCUCUUGCUCAAGCUGCUGCCUUGGCCGCAGUUUCCAAGGUCGCUAUUACUUCAAUGCCAGUUCCGGCCACAGCUGCUCACUUGCUUUCAAAUGGAGGACUACCAGCUGUGACACUCCCUGGUGUGGUGGGUCUACCAAACACUGCUGCUUUGCCAGCAACUUCCCUGGCCAAUGAUGCCGCUGCGCGUGCGGCAGCGUUAGCUGCUGCCUUGAAUUUGCAGCAUAAUCUUGCCAAGAUACAAGCUGAUGCAAUGCCCGAACAUUAUGAAGCAGAGUUGGAGAUCAACGACUUCCCUCAGAAUGCUCGGUGGAAGGUGACCCACAAGGAGACGUUAGGUCCGAUUUCGGAAUGGACUGGAGCUGCUAUCACUACCAGAGGGCAGUAUUAUCCGCCGGGUAAGAUCCCGGGUCCUGGAGAACGCAAGCUUUACUUGUUUAUCGAAGGCCCCUCCGAAUCCUCUGUUAAGAAGGCAAAAGCUGAAGUUAAACGAGUCCUCGAGGACUACACAGCGCAGUCAUUGUCAUUGCCGGGUACAGCCCAGCCAGGGGAAGAUCCGAGCCUUUGCUCCCAUGUGCGACCCUGCAUCUUUGUUCGCAUGAGAUGGCGCUCGACAGGGUGGCAAGCAAUAUACGGUAUGACUCAGAAAAUCCGGAAGCCCUUGAUGGUUUCAGUUUGGAUCCCACUCAAGCUGAUGUCGGGCUUGUCCAGACAUUUUUUCCAUUUCCUUCCAUUGAUUUAUCGAUAUUUUGAUUUCUUAAAUUUAUAUCUCAUUCUUCUCCAGUUUUCCUUUUCUCUUGGCAUUUCUUGGGCCUCUCUUUUAGAAAUUUAUAUCAUUCUCCUCCUUCCAGGGAAAUGAUAUCUACACCCACUGUUUCUUCUUUCUGCAUGCACCCUUUUUUCUACUCUUGGCAUUCGAAUGGUGCACUUGGUACUGGUCUAAUACCAAUAGUAGAAAAAAGUUGUACUAUUUGUCAGGGAGGAACGCCUACUGUACUGGCUUUGCAUGAGGCGACGGAGGGUUUGGCGGCACAUGCAGUGGCCUGACCAUGGGUGUGUGGUGAUCCUUUAACCAGGUUGGUCCAUUCAUCAGGUGGGCUACAUGUACACAUUCAACAUGGACAAUUGGCCAAUUUCUGGCACUUACUGUAUGGCCACAUAAUGAUCAGUCAGACCUGAAGAUUCGUACCAAGAGGAACAGACAGCAGGACCAGCUUGUUGAA